AUGCCUAGGUAUGCGAAGUUGAUGAAUGAUUUGGUGACUAAGCAAAGGGCCGUCAGUUUUGAGAAUGAUGAGAGGUUACAACAUUGCAGUGCUACUUCUACGAGGUCACUUGUGAAGAAGAAAAAGGAUCUUGGAGCCUUCACUAUUCCUUGUACCAUCGGUUUGUUGCACUUUGUGAAGGCAUUGUGUGAUUUGGGUUCUAGCAUUAAUCUUAUGCCAUUGUCUAUCUAUAAGAAGUUGGGUUUAGGGGAUCCAAAACCGACUGUGAGGCCACUACUUAUGACUGAUAGAACUGUGAAUAAGCCUAUUGGUGUUCUCCAUGAUGACCUUGUGAAAUUGGAGACGUUUAUUUUUCUGGUAAGCGAUCUCAAGUCAGUAUUAGUGGUGAAUCAUAUUAUGGAGCAAGGUUCUGAGGUAUCUAUUGAAGAGAGGUUGGGUGUUGAUCCACUGGCAGCGGUAAUGAUGAAUGUUGAUGGUGAUGAUAUUUAA